GCCUCUGCGCAGUUCCAUAGAGCACUUGGAGACCAAAGCGGAUGCGGCCUUCGACCGCGUCACUCGCGCCGAGGCGGAAAGCCAGGACUUGGCUGACUGCAUGAGGCAGAUCUCUGGAGAGCUGGCAAAGUUGCAUCUGGACCUGGACGGUUCGCAGCAGGCGCUCGCGGAAUCCAACCGCCGAGCUGGGGAGGCAACAGCAGCCGCUGCAGCAGCCGUCGCGGAGAGCGACGCCAGGCUGUCUAAAGCACAGAGCCAGCAGAAAGAGUCGGAGAAUCGUUUGGAAUUUCUUUCAGGCGAGAUAAUCAAGCUGAAGCUU